AUGUACGCUCCUACUGGAAAAACAAUAUCCGCCAUGCCAAGUUUUUCAUUAAUUCAUCUGCAUAACACUUCAACUAUAUUUGGCAUAACUGUAUUUGCUUUAAUGUGCAUUUUACUACUUUGCAUUAUAUUUCUGGUUCUUAAAGAACAAUUUGAUGUUUGUAAAGUUCAUCGGUAUAAAAUUUAUAUGACAAACAAGGAAAAUGAUGAAAUUAUGGCUGCAAAAACCGUUAGAUAUUAUCGAGACUAUCUGGACGGAGAUGUGGAGAAUUCGAAAGCGUUUUUUGUUGUUUAA